AGGCUCUCAGGGUCCGGCUCCAGAGGGGUGGCAGGAGGUGCCCCGCGGUCUUCCACCCCACCCUUCCCAUUUCCAAAAUAACCCGUCUCGCGGGUGACCCGGCGCAUAGUUCGCAGCCUAGCAGACAGAUUUCGCAAGACUCCCGGCGGGGUCAAAGCCGGGUUGUGGGCCCGGCCUAGCUUCGCGUCGCAGGUAACCUUGAAGCGGUCGCUUGGCGUCACCGGCUCGCAGGGUCCGCUCAGCCAGCUGCGCAGCCCGAGGCUUCAGGCCCGGCCCGCGCCGACCUUGCGCGCGGCGUGGACACUCGGCCCCGAGCGCGGUGCCCGCUCCCGGCCCAGUGCGAGCUCAUCCCGGUAGGGGAGGCUCGGCGUGGCUCCGCCGGCUUGUCUCAGAGGGGCGGCCGCCCUAGCGGCGGCGUUUCCAAGGCCUUCCAGAGCCCAAGCCUUACAACCACCUGUUGGAGCGGGUUGCUGCUACUGAGCUCACCGAGCACAGCCCGGGAGGCCACUUCUCUCGCCAGCUGCCAGCGGAGCUUGGGCCCUAACCCCAGCGGGGGGAGGAAGGGACAGCUUGUCUCUCCCAAAGACGCUGCGCUUUGACGCGGGACCACUACGCGCCUGGCCCCACGGGAGCUUCCGCGCUGGGGCCUGAAGCAAGGGGUCGAGCAGUUCGGGGCGGACCGCGGCAAGUGGAUGUCUUAUAGAACGACCAGCGUGGAGAGGGCACUUAGCCUCAUCCCAUUCCCAGACGGGGACACCGGCGCCCAGGAAGAGGAGGGGACUUGCCCAAAGUCCCACGGCGCCGGAGGCAGCUGCGGAUGCCACCUCGAACCCCGGCGUAGCGCCCCCUGGCGGGCCGGGGGCUCCGGGAGGCGAGUGCGCCCUGACCCACAGGGCGCAGGCUGAGGGUGACCCAGCAGCCCGCGCCGCUGUCCUGGACUCUUCAGGAAUAAUCCGCCAGGACUCAGGGGGCCAGGCUCUCUCGGCGACGUGCAGGGGUGGUGGAGUGAGAAGCUCGGGACCACCGGGCCUCUCAGAAAAAGCCUGGAGUAGCUGUAGGCCUGGGUCCCCGUUUGCUGUGACCAGGGCAGCCCCUCCUGUCUCUGGGCGAGUUGGGCUGGGCACGGAUUCCCCGCUGCGGUGUGCCCGCAGGACGAGCGGCGGUGGCCGCGCGCGGCGGGACUUCGGUGCAGCUCCUCCAGGGUGCGACCCCGAGCGCGCGUGCCGCGCGACCAUGAGGGCGCGGCCGCGGGUCUGCGAGGCGCUCCUCUUCGCCCUGGCGCUCCAGACCGGCGUGUGCUACGGCAUCAAAUGGCUGGCGCUGUCCAAGACCCCGGCGGCCCUGGCGCUGAACCAGACGCAGCACUGCAAGCAGCUGGAGGGGCUGGUGUCUGCGCAGGUGCAGCUCUGCCGCAGCAACCUGGAGCUCAUGCGCACCGUCGUGCACGCCGCCCGCGAGGUCACCAAGGCCUGCCGCAGGGCCUUUGCGGACAUGCGCUGGAACUGCUCCUCCAUCGAGCUUGCCCCCAACUACCUGCUUGACCUGGAGAGAGGGACCCGGGAGUCAGCCUUCGUGUAUGCGCUGUCGGCGGCCGCCAUCAGCCACGCCAUCGCCCGGGCCUGCACCUCCGGCGACCUGCCCGGCUGCUCCUGCGGCCCUGUCCCAGGUGAGCCACCCGGGCCCGGGAACCGCUGGGGAGGAUGUGCGGACAACCUCAGCUACGGGCUCCUCAUGGGGGCCAAGUUUUCCGAUGCUCCUAUGAAGGUGAAAAAAACAGGAUCCCAAGCCAAUAAACUGAUGCGUCUACACAACAGUGAAGUGGGGAGACAGGCUCUGCGCGCCUCUCUGGAAAUGAAGUGUAAAUGCCACGGGGUAUCUGGGUCCUGCUCCAUCCGCACCUGCUGGAAGGGGCUGCAGGAGCUUCGGGAUGUGGCUGCUGACCUCAAGACCCGCUACCUGUCAGCCACCAAGGUAGUGCACCGACCCAUGGGCACCCGCAAGCACCUGGUGCCCAAGGACCUCGAUAUCAGGCCUGUGAAGGACUCGGAGCUUGUCUAUCUGCAGAGCUCACCUGACUUCUGCAUGAAGAACGAGAAGGUGGGCUCCCAUGGGACGCAAGACAGGCAGUGCAACAAGACGUCCCACGGCAGCGACAGCUGUGACCUCAUGUGCUGCGGCCGCGGCUACAACCCCUACACGGACCGCGUGGUCGAGCGCUGCCACUGCAAGUACCACUGGUGUUGCUACGUCACGUGCCGCCGCUGCGAGCGCACCGUAGAGCGCUACGUCUGCAAGUGACGCCGCCCCGCCCGCGCCGGGGCCCUCGGAGCCCCGCCCCCACCAGGGGCCCGGACACACCCCGGGGUGGCCGCUCGGGGAUCCCAGAUGCCAGGCCUGGGAGGUGGCUUGUGCUUGGCCUCCGCUUGGCAGCCGCCGGGGACAGAAGGCCUGGCCACCCUGGAAGGAGGGCCGGGACAUCAAAGGAAACCGGCAAGAUUAAAAAUAACCUGGCAGCCGGAGCCCGGGAGGGCCCACUCGCCGCCUUCCAGGCCGCUCUGAGAAGCCAGGGGCCUGGGGUUGGCAGGACUGGUACGGACUUGACCUUUCACGGCCAGAGACGCCAACCCCCCCGGGAAGGGAGGGGGGGGUCUGCCUGCCCUCAUUAGAAUGUUCUGCAGGCCCUGCCCUCGAGACCCCCACGGCUGCCCCCAGGGUCUGAGCCUACUGGGCCCACCACAUGGAACCACUAGCUUGGGUUGUAAAUGUUUUUUUGUUGUUGUUUCGUUUUGUUUCUUCCUCUGGGAUGUGGGAGCUACAGAAAUAUUUAUAAAACAUAGCUUUUUCUUUGGGGUGGCUUGCCUCAAUUCCUCUUUAUAUAUUUUAUAUAUAUAUAUAAAUAAAUAUAUAUAAUGAUCUCUA